AUGGCGGUAGAUAAUCCUGAGGAUGGAUUGAAGAAGCUGGAAUACCUGUCGCUAGUGUCGAAGGUGUGCACCGAGUUGGAGUCCCACACCGGCACCGGCGACAAGGUUCUCGCGGAGUUCAUCACUGAGUUGGGUCGAUCAUCGGAGAAUGUUGAGGAAUUUGACGCGAAACUGAAGGAGAAUGGUGCGGAGAUGCCGGAUUACUUUGUCCGAACGCUCCUCACUAUUAUUCACGCGAUUCUCCCUCCCAAGCCGAAGGAUUUGAAGAAGGAGAAAGAGAGUGGCAACGGCAAGACCAAGUUCAAGGCUCUGGCCAUUGCAGACGAUAGAGACCGAGCCAAGGAGCUUCGGAUGGAGAUAGAAUCUGAGGCCAGGGAGAAGCAGAGUGAGCAAAUUGAGAAAGAUGAUGGUUACAGAGAUAGAGAUAGAAGAGAUAGGCGCAGAGAUAGGUAUGAUGAAGAUGAUAGAAGGGAUCACCACAGAAGAGGAAGAGACAGAGAUGACGAAGAUGAUAGAAGGGAUUACAGCAGAAGAGGUAGAGAUAGAGAUAAUGAAGAUGAUAGAAGGGAUUACAGCAGAAGAGGAAGAGAUAGAUAUGAUAAGGAUAGAGAUAGAGAUAGAGAUGGUGAUAGGCAUGAGAGGCGCAGGAGAGAUGAUUAUGAAGAGGAUGGGCGUGGAAGGGAGAAUGGGGAUAAAGAUGGCAACAGGAAGGGUACACGGCAUGCUUCUGGUGAACCUGAAUUAUAUGCCGUUUAUAAAGGGAGGGUGUCUCGUGUAAUGGAGACUGGAUGCUUUGUCCAGUUGGAAGACAUAAGAGGGAAGGAGGGGUUGGUCCAUGUGUCACAGAUGGCCACUCGGAGGAUCACAAAUGCCAAAGACGUGAUUAAGAGAGACCAGGAGGUUUAUGUAAAGGUGAUCUCAGUUUCGGGUCAGAAGUUGUCGCUUUCCAUGAGGGACGUUGAUCAGCACACUGGUAAGGAUCUCCUUCCAUUGAAGAAGAGCUCCGAGGAUGAUGCCUUGAGGAUGAAUCCGCAGGGUUCAAGGGAUGGGCCGGUUGCCAGGACAGGGCUUUCAGGUAUCAGGAUUGUAGAAGAAGAUGAUGUUGGUUCUUCGCGGAGACCUCUGAAGAGAAUGAGCUCUCCGGAGAAAUGGGAAGCAAAACAGUUGAUUGCUUCAGGUGUCAUGAGUGUUUCAGAGUAUCCAACCUAUGAUGAGGAGGGAGAUGGAUUGUUGUACCAAGAGGAAGGUGCCGAAGAGGAGCUUGAAAUUGAGAUGAAUGAGGAUGAACCCGCAUUCUUGCAAGGGCAGAGCAGAUACUCAAUGGAUAUGUCUCCUGUUAAAAUUUUUAAGAAUCCUGAAGGUUCUCUGGGUCGAGCGGCUGCACUCCAGUCUGCACUUAUAAAGGAGCGGAGGGAAGUGCGGGAACAACAACAACGGACAAUGCUUGAUUCAAUUCCAAAGGAUCUCAAUCGGCCUUGGGAAGACCCUAUGCCAGAGUCUGGUGAAAGGCAUCUUGCCCAGGAGCUUAGGGGUGUUGGCUUAUCAGCCUAUGAUAUGCCAGAAUGGAAGAAGGACGCAUAUGGGAAAACCAUUACCUUUGGGCAAAGGUCAAAGCUUUCUAUUCAGGAGCAGAGGCAGAGUUUGCCAAUUUACAAGUUAAAAAAAGAAUUGAUUCAGGCUGUGCAUGAUAAUCAGGUUUUGGUAGUUAUUGGAGAAACUGGUUCAGGUAAGACUACUCAGGUCACACAGUAUCUUGCCGAAGCGGGUUAUACCACAAAAGGAAAAAUUGGAUGUACUCAACCACGUAGGGUGGCUGCAAUGUCAGUUGCGAAGAGAGUUGCAGAAGAGUUUGGUUGUAGAUUGGGAGAAGAAGUUGGUUAUGCUAUUCGGUUUGAGGAUUGCACUGGACCAGAUACUGUUAUCAAGUACAUGACAGAUGGUAUGCUUCUUAGAGAAAUAUUGGUCGAUGAGAAUCUGUCACAAUAUUCUGUUAUAAUGCUUGAUGAAGCCCAUGAAAGGACUAUUCAUACUGAUGUUCUAUUUGGACUGCUGAAGCAGCUAGUGAAGCGAAGACCUGAAUUGCGAUUGAUUGUCACCUCUGCUACUCUGGACGCCGAGAAAUUUUCAGGAUAUUUCUUUAACUGUAACAUCUUUACAAUUCCUGGUAGAACUUUUCCUGUAGAGAUACUUUAUACUAAACAACCUGAAAGUGAUUACUUAGAUGCAGCUUUAAUAACGGUCCUACAGAUCCACUUGACAGAGCCGGAGGGAGACAUUCUUCUCUUCUUGACUGGGCAAGAGGAGAUUGAUUUUGCUUGCCAAUCUCUAUAUGAGAGAAUGAAAGGAUUAGGCAAGAAUGUUCCAGAGCUGAUCAUUUUACCGGUUUAUAGUGCCCUUCCUAGUGAAAUGCAGUCUAGGAUAUUUGAACCUGCUCCUCCUGGGAAAAGGAAAGUGGUUGUGGCUACUAACAUUGCUGAGGCUUCUUUGACUAUUGAUGGGAUAUUUUAUGUAAUUGAUCCUGGAUUUGCUAAGCAAAAUGUUUAUAACCCAAAGCAAGGUCUUGAUUCUUUGGUGAUCACUCCAAUUUCACAAGCAUCAGCCAAACAAAGAGCUGGACGUGCAGGGCGAACCGGACCUGGGAAGUGUUAUCGCCUUUAUACUGAGAGUGCAUAUAGGAAUGAGAUGUCUCCCACUACAAUUCCUGAGAUUCAAAGGAUAAAUCUCGGGACGACUACACUAAAUAUGAAAGCUAUGGGGAUAAAUGAUCUACUGUCCUUUGAUUUUAUGGAUCCACCAUCACCCCAAGCAUUGAUUUCUGCCAUGGAGCAGCUCUACAGUCUUGGAGCAUUGGAUGAAGAGGGCCUUUUGACCAAAUUGGGGAGGAAAAUGGCCGAAUUUCCUUUGGAUCCACCUUUGUCCAAGAUGUUGCUUGCCAGUGUGGACCUUGGAUGCAGUGAUGAGAUUUUGACCAUAAUUGCCAUGAUCCAGACUGGAAAUAUUUUUUACAGGCCAAGGGAAAAACAAGCCCAAGCAGAUCAGAAGAGAGCAAAGUUUUUCCAGCCAGAGGGUGAUCAUCUUACACUACUUGCUGUUUACGAGGCUUGGAAAGCCAAGAAUUUUUCUGGGCCCUGGUGUUUUGAGAAUUUUGUGCAAUCCAGAUCAUUGAGAAGAGCACAGGAUGUCAGGAAACAACUUCUCACCAUAAUGGAUAAGUACAAAUUAGAUGUUGUAAGUGCUGGAAAAAAUUUCACCAAAGUAAGGAAGGCUAUCACUGCUGGAUUCUUUUUUCAUGCUUCUAGAAAGGAUCCCCAGGAAGGGUACAGAACCCUUGUUGAGAACCAACCCGUGUAUAUCCAUCCUAGUUCUGCUUUGUUCCAGAGGCAGCCAGAUUGGGUCAUCUACCAUGAGCUUGUGAUGACAACUAAGGAAUAUAUGCGUGAGGUCACCGUCAUAGACCCCAAAUGGCUUGUUGAAUUGGCUCCAAGAUUUUUCAAAGUAGCAGAUCCUACAAAGAUGAGCAAACGGAAGCGUCAAGAGCGUAUUGAACCACUUUAUGAUAGAUACCAUGAGCCAAAUUCAUGGCGAUUGAGCAAACGCCGUGCUUGA